AUGGCGCAGCUGUGUAAAACCUAACUGAUAUGCAGAGAGAUGCAAACUAUGAUCUAAGCCAGAGGGUUUCAACCUUUUUGAGUCCACGGCUCCCUUGACCAACUCCAUUCUUUCUGUGGCACAUCUGUGGGGCUCAGGAGCCCAGUUAUGCCACCCCUUGCCUGCAGAGCUCACAGCCUCUCACCCCUUUUCGAACACCCUCCCCUGUGGGGUGUUCCCUCAGCCUUCCCUCCUCUCCUUCUGGUCCUGCCCCACGCCCACCCCCACGCCCCAAAGAGAAGUGCCUCUUCACACUGCCCCACAGGGGCCUAGGAACUUGUCUGUCCAUUCCCAACAGCUAGGGCUGGUGGACUGGAUAGCUGGGCUCCCUUGCCCGCUUGCUUGCUUGCUUGCUUAUUCCGAGGCCACCUCAACUUCUGGCAACCAGCACCCCCUGGCCAGCCCCAGAGGCACCAUUCACCUAUGGAGCUUGUAGCCAGGACUGCUGCAACACACAAUUGUGCAAGGCUUUGGGAGGCAGAGACAGGAGAGGGCAUCAAAGGAGGGAAGGAAAGAAAGAAAGACAGAGACCAGUGUUGCCUGCAGCACCCCUGACCAUCAUUCAAGGUGCCACGGCACACUGGUUGAAAACCACUGAUCUAAGCAGAAACACAAUGUGGAUUGUGACCAAGUGGACCAUGUGGCUCCUCAACUGGCUGCCCAGGUACACAAUGAGGACUGGCAACUUGAAGUGCCUGCUCACUUUUCUUAGGCAUCUUGACCUUGAAACUGGCCUUGGACCAGCCAGUCCACCCAAGAGAAGAUGCCUCCAAAAAGAGGGCUGUCCCCCCUGUCAGGUAGGAGACUGGGGCACCCUACAACUCACAUUCCGUGGGUUUCUUCUCCUUUAUGAAGCUCUGUGGAAGACGCAUGCAUCAAAGCACGAGCUUCUCCUGCAGCUUCCUACUGGCUUUGAUUAUAUGUUCCUCUGCCCUCCAAUACGUCAUGCCCCUUAACCAGCACAUUCUCCAGAGGCUGCAUUUUGAAAUCUGCCAUUCAGGCCGCAGAGCAAUAUUCUCCCCUUGAUUAACUGCAAGUCACUCAAGCCGGGAAGAUCAUCUCGGAGGUCCCUCCCGCUGGCAUUUCCAAUUGAUGUGUCUUUGUGAUGGGAAGGUGUGCCAAAGGGCAAUCAUAUCGCUCGCUGCUGCUCCUCUGCCUGUGAGGACAGGGACUUUGUGAUUGUAAAUUAAAUGGGGGGAAGAGAAUGAAAACAAGAUCUUGCAGGCUCUCGUUGGACCAAGCGUGGCUUCUCGCUGCGCUAGCCAAUCAAUUGUGACUUUCGAGUCCCUCUUAAUGCCUCGGGGCUUUCUAAUAGGGAUGGAUGACUCAGUCCUCUUUGCGACUCAUGCCAAUUUUGCAGGUGUUCCUUCACAAAAGACCACUCCAUCCUGAUCAGUCUAUUUGUGGACCGCAGCAAUUUCACAGGCGUUCAUUCACAGACAUCCGCUACAUCUGCAACAGUCUCUUUGUAGCCCUUUUCUGAACCGCCUUAUAAGCCUUAUGGUGAGAAGGAGAAGAAAGUGAAACAGCCCAGCAAAAUCACUCAGAGCCAGCACCGUCCCGCAGCAGAAUGAAGCAACCCAAUUCAGAUGGUACCAUCUUCAAAAGCAGUGAUGAGGUCACUUGUGUAAUGCCCCUGUUUCACAUGCAAAAAGUCCCAGGUUCAAGCCCCAGCAAAGACUGAGGUGCCCUACUUUGCGGCAAAAAUAUUCCCUCCCCCCUCUUUUUUUUUUCUUUGUUCAUCUGUCAGUCUGAAGAAGAGCUGUGGGCAACGUGAAAGCUUGCUCACUCCUUGGUGAAUUUCGAUUGGUGUUUUUUUAUUUCUGUUUUUGUUUCUCUCUCCCCACCCCCACCCCCAGGAAUAUCUGUGUGGUGUUACUCUGGCUUUGAAUGCAAUACAGGCAGUGCACCAUCUCUGCCUGGAGAAAGGGGCAGCCCUCCCCAAUGUACUUUUAACUCUACAAUUUUUUUUAAGCAUUUGCUAAAUAGCAUUUUUGUUUCCUGGGUUAAUUCAUAGCUGGCCUUAGGACGACAUAGUGCUACAAUUGUGGAGCAAGCUCUGAACUAUUCCCCCAGGGGUGGAGAGCAAUUAUUGAUGCAAAUAAUUGUUCCCCAAUCCCAUCAAAGUCUGCUUUUGCUUCAGCCCAAUAUUCUUUUUCAUUGAUUCCCGAAGCUCCCCAGAGCCCUAAAAUACUAGUAAUCUCUUUGGGCUGGAUUCUUGUGGCGGCAGAUAAAUGGCUGUGUGCGAGUGCGUGCGCGCGUUUUCUCUUUGCAGACUUUCAUGUUUGUGAUGGGAAAUGCAUUUGCAAUUUAAUAUGAACGAUUAUUCUAAUCUUAAAGGAAAGGAUUAUCGCAGAACUCCCUGCAGGAAACUUAAUCGAGGAGAAUUGCCCAAAGACUGUCCUGGCUGGCAGGCUGAAAACCUGAACAGGGGCCCUCCAUAUGGAAAAAGAAUGGAGUGCCCUGGGGUGGGUGAGAAGGAAAGCUGGCUGGCUGGCUGGCUGGAACCCUAAAAAGGACCACUCCGCACAGCAACAUUGGCAUGGAAAAGGAAUAGAGUGUCCUGGAAAUAAUGGAAUGGAGUCUCCUGGAAAAAGGCAUGGCUGGCUGGAAACCCUGAACAGGGUUUGCCCCACUCAGCAACAUUUUUUGUCACAGGUCCAACUUGCGAUUUUCCUGCUCCUCUUCAUUCUCCAGACCUGGUGAUGUCUGUUCCCAGCCCGCUCCCAACAUCUGUGACUCACAGCAUGGCAUGUCACCCUGACAACUGUCCUCUCUUCCAGCUUUCUCUUCGGGCUGCUUUCCUGCUUCCAGGAAAGCUAUGCAUGGCUGGGGCUCCCAGACUGUCAUUAGUUGCCAUAUCGCAGCACAAAAGAACUGCUUGUUUGCUAAAUGCUUCCUGACAAGACCACUGGCUUGUGCAAAUCUGAAAGUGUGUCCCGGCUUUCCAGUGCCCCAAUCAAUCUGGGGGGGUUGGCCACUCGAUGCCUCCACCCCCAAGCCCUCAUUUCUUAACGGAUGGCUUGAUUUGGUUUAGCAGCUUUUCAUCCCAGCUGCCAAACGCAACUUUUCUGGGAGAGAAAGAGGUCUGGAAGCCGCAGUACAGGACCAGAAGGGGCAAUGUGGCAAACGGAUGUGCUAAAAUUAAGAUCUCAGGCAGCCAUAGAUUCUCAGACACCACCAGGGCACUCAGACAACUUCUGUGCUAUCUCUCCUCCCUGGAUUCGACAUCGUUUGUCCUCCAGCUUGGUGCUUUAAAAAUACAGUGGUACCUAGGGUUAAGAACUUAAUUCGUUCUGGAGGUCCGUUCUUAACCUGAAACUGUUCUUAACCUGAGGUACCACUUUAGCUAAUGGGGCCUCCUGCUGCCGCCAUGUGAUUUCUGUUCUCAUCCUGAAGCAAAGUUCUUAACCCAAGGUAAUAUUUCUGGGUUAGCAGAGUCUGCAACCUCUGAAGCGUUUGUAACCCGAAGUACCACUGUAAAUAAAUGCAUAAGUGAGCAGGAAAAAUGCUAUUGUGGUUUCCAGGCACUCCUGUAACUUUAGGUAAAUGAUUCCUUCUUGGAGGUUCCGCUAACUUUAUGGCUUCCUAAGGAGUGCAACUUCCCUUAAGAGCCUCAGGUCAAGUUUCUGUCCUGGAAGAGUGGGGUAACACCUGUGGAGGAAGCUCUGGGAAUAGAUGUGGCACUGUAACAGAAUUUGUGUGUGUGUGUGUGUGUGUGCGUGUGCGUGUGUCUGCCUGCCUGCCUGCCUGCCUGCCUGCCUGCCUGUGUGUCAAAGAGAGAGAUACUCCUGUCACUGGAAAAGCUGAAAAGGAAUCUUCAAAACUGCACCCUCAACUACUGCUUUAUCACUCCCCACUCUUAUUUAUUAUUGAAACACAUUUGUUUUUGUUUUAAAAAUUAAUACUUUAUUACUGAUCUAUUCAGUAAGUGGGAUGCCUCUGUUAUGCCUUCUGUGAUACUAAAGGGUUCUGAAUGUAUAUCACAAGUACCCGUGUGUCUUUUGGACUGCUUUGAAUAUGCUCUGAACCACCUCAAGCACUGUUUUUACAGAAGAAUCUCAUGGAGACAGGAAGGGGGAAAAUCUGUAGCAAGAGAAUCACCAGAUCCACAGCCCUGACAGUGCAGGCAUGGGGAAAUCUUUGACCCUACAAAUGUUGCUGGACUCAAUCCCAUCACCCCUGGUCAUUACUCAUGCUGACUGGGGCUCGUGUGUGUUGGAGUCUGACCACAUGGGCUAGAUCAGUGUUUCCCAAACUUGGGUCUCCAGCUGUUUUUAGGCUACAACUCCCAUCAUCCCUGACCAUUGGUCCUGCUAGCUAGGGAUGAUGGGAGUUGUAGUCCAAAAACAGCUGAGGACCCAAGUUUGGAGAACACUGGGCUAGAUGGACUGAGUGGUGGCGUUGCUUGGAGACCCACAAAGGAUGUGGAAAUGAAUUCCAGACACUUCUAGGUCGGGUCAAAGGCAAAGAAAAUCAGGACCGUGGACAGCUCCCAGUGGCUCUGCUAUCUCUGAUGGCCCUUUGCUGCAACAUCUUCCCACGCUCAGGUAGCAGGAGGACCUGGGAGGUGUCCAUGGUCCUGAUCUGCUUUGCCUUGUCUUUGACCUGAUCUGGAUGAGCCUCUGGCAUCCAUUUCCACUUCCUUUGUGGGCACCGAUCCCUAACAGUACAGGUUAGGCAGAUCCAAAGUAAAUUGGUAACAGGUGGCAAGAUGGCCAUGCUCUCUUGGUCCUGAGAGUUCUCUGCCCCAUGGAUCUUGCAAUAGAAGCCCUGCCUGCCCCUGUGAAUGUUUCACUGACAAGGUUCCUCUUCUCCCUCCUUCUGUUCCAGCACUGAGGCACUCAGCUGCCUGCCGCUUCCAACAGACAACAAGCACCUGGAGGAGCCAUGCCAAACUCAAGAGACCUCUAGCACCAAUGGCUGUGUGAGGUUGAAAGACAGCCAGGAGUACGCUAGGCACAAAUCAUGCAGGUAAGACUCAGGACCUGAGGCCUCUCCAGAUACGGCCCUUUGGGUCACUCCAUCUUCCCCUCAGGACUCUCCACAGGCCACAAUGCUUCUCCACAGCCCACACCUGCUUUGUACCUUCCUUGAGUGUUUUUCCCUGGCUGGAACGUGUCCUUGAAGUCUGAUCGUGCCACUUGCUUGCCUGGGUGGAGGAGAGAAUGGGGGCUAGUGUGUGUGGAAAGUAAGCCUCCUGUACAAAGGGACGCAGGUGGCGCUGUGGGUUAAACCACAGAGCGUAGGACUUGCUGAUCAGAAGGUCAGCGGUUCGAAUCCCCACAACGGGGUGAGCUCCCGUUGCUCAGUCCCUGCUCCUGCCAACCUAGCAGUUCAAAAGCACCUCAAAGUGCAAGUAGAUAAAUAGGUACCAGUCCGGUGUGAAGGUAAACGGCGUUUCCGUGCGCUGCUCUGGUUUGCCAGAAGCGGCUUCGUCAUGCUGGCCACUUGACCCAGAAGCUGUACGCCGGCUCCCUUGGCCAAUAAAGCGAGAUGAGCGCCGCAACCCCAGAGUUGGCCACGACUGGACCUAAUGGUCAGGGGUCCCUUUACCUUUACAAAGGUAGAAUUCACAUUUGUUGUUGUCACUUAAGAACAUAAGAAGAGCUUGCUGGACUAGGCCAAGGGCCCAUCUAGUCCAGCAUCCCGUUCUCACAAUGGCCAACCAGAUGCCUGUGGGAAACCUGCAUGCCGCACAUGAGCACAAGAACAUCUCUCCCCCUCCUGUAGCUUCCUGCAACUGGUAUUCAGAAGCACUGCUGCCUCCAGCUGUGGAAGCAGAGCAUAGCCUCCACCAAGCCUCAAAGCCAUUGAUAGCCAUGUCCUCCAUGAAUCUGUCUCAUCCUUUUCUAAAGCCAUACAAGUUGGUGGCCAUCGCUCCUUCCUGCAGGAGUGAGUUCCAUAGGUUGACGAUGCGCUGUGUGAAUAAGUCAGUGCCCAUCUCAGAUCCUUUGAAAUGGCUGGCGCAAAAGGCUUUUAGAAUAGUAUUUGCAAUUUUUUUAUUAUUUUAGUUUAGCCUUGCUUGGUAAUUAGACCCAGGGCUAGCAGCAAAGGAACAUGCCUCCUUAAGUCAUCCUUUGUUUUCCUGCUUUCUCUGAAAUGCUUUCUGCCGCUUCUUCAAUAAAACAUGGCGAAGUAAUGAGAGUUCUGCCUAAAGGGGACCCAUUUGCACCCACGUGUUUUCCAAGAGGCUGGCGAGAUGGCUCAGUUGCCGACUUCCUCGCAAAGGGCUUUACAUCCAAGUCAAGAGAAAGCUGAACGCUUCGGCUUCCCCGCGGUGCAGUCUUUGCCGCAGUCUUUCAGAGCAGCCUGGGUUUUUUAUUUUUAUUUUAAGAUUCUGCAUUCCAAGAUUGCUUGUCUCUCUUUCGGAUAUAAUAAGCUCGGGUGGCAAUUAAGAAGUAGUCCUUGCCAUGCAUUUAAGGCACUGCGUAGGCUUGGACCUCAUGUUUUCAGCACCUGAGUGCAAGCACGUCAGGGAGUUUGAAGAGAGUAAAAAUAGAGCCUAAAUCACCGUACUGCUUCAAGGCAAACCACCCUAAGGAGAGGCCCGUAGAGCAUACAGCUUCCAGAAUUCUUUGAGGGAAGCUGUGACUAUUUAAAGUAGAAUCACAGUGCUAAUAAUAAUAAUAAUAAUUUUUAUAAUUUAUAGCCCGCCCAUCUGGCUGGGCUUCCCCAGCAACUCUGGGUGGCUUAAAGAACAUAUAAGAACAUAAUAAAACAUCAAGCAUUAAAAACUUCCCAAUACAGGGCCGCCCAUAAUAAAUGCAUGGUGUCAAUGUGGCCUUAGUCUCAGUGUUGCCCUUGUAGAACUCAGCAGGGAGGAGGAUGGGGACAACAGUAGAUUUAGUUGGCUGUGGUUGUCAUUGGCUCUGGCGCCACCUACUGUUGGACUCCCUGCCUUCCACCCUGUCACUGGGGAUAGUCAUGGAGACCACUCCCACCUCUGCUCCUGCUUCCGCUGUUUGAAGACCAAAGUCUUUCUAACGGAUAAAGGAGGAUGAAAAAGAGUGUGAGCCCCUCUCCCUCCGCCCCCAUCCUUUGUGGCUUCUUUCUGCUAUCGACCGGCCUUUGCUCUUUGUCACUUUGAAGGCGGGGGGAAAUGAAGCCUGCGGCGAAGCAGAUUGUUGUUUAAAAGGGCCCUAUUUGCCAAACUGUCCCCGGAAUUAAAGCACGUAACUGUUUUGCUUCCAACUGCUGCAGGAAGGUGGGAGGUGGGGCUGCUACAGAUGCCCAGAUUUCGAGCUUACCGCUGCAUCGGCCUGAAGUGCAUUGUAGUUGCUUUUCUUAAUUAGACUUAGAUUGCAAUCAGUGAGGUGCAAUUAAAUCUGCAUCAGCUUGAGGAGGCCUCCAAGACGAGACGAAACGCCCAAACCUUCACCAAAUAAAGAUGAGAGGUGGGCAUGAAGUGAGCAUAUAAAGCCCUUAACAAUUUGGAGCCAGUUUACCUGCGAGAUCGCCUUCCUCCGUAAGUUAGGUUAGAUGGAGGAGACACAACUCUAAUUAUGGAAAGGCAACACGUUCUUGAAUAACAAACAUACGCUGAGAGAGAGUUCAUUGUCUGUGCCAAGCCUGGUUCCUGGAAAGUGACAAUUAAGUUUUGCUGGUAAACGCAAAGAUUAGUAUGCUGCUAAUCUUUGUAUGCUGUGACUGUCAUAGAAUCAUAAAAUUGUAGAAUUUGAAGGGACCACGAGGAUCAUCUCGUCCAACCCCCUGCAAUGCAGGAAUCAUUUGCCCAAUGUGGGGAUCAAACCCACGACCCUGAGCUUAAGAGUCUCAUGCUCUACCGGCUGAGCUAUUCAGGGUGUUACUUAUUCAUUCCAGGUCAUGUUGUUAGAUGGGAGGCUGUUCCAGGGUCACAGAUAGUUCGUGAGAGGAUAUAUUUCAUUUUAAGCUUACACCAGCCACACAGAUGCCAUGAUCCAUAGAAAUAAACCACGCGAAAAGCACCAACUUGAACCCAUUGUUACCUGUCGGAAUUAAAACAUUGGAGAAGGUUGCAUCUGAGCCAUGUCAGGCCCCAGCAGACUUUGACUCCAUAGCUUUAAAAUAGCAAAAGGUAAAGGUAAAGGACCCCUGGACGGUUAAAUCCAGUCAAAAGCGACUAUGGGGUUGCGGCACAUACCUCGCUUUCAGGCCAAGGGAGCCAGCAUUUGUUCACAGACAGCUUUCCGGGUCAUGUGGUCAGCAUGACUAAACUGCUUCUGGCACAACGGGACACUGUGAUGUGCACAAAAAUGCUGUUUAUCUUCCCGCCACAGUGGUACCUAUUUAUCUGCUUGCACUGGUCUGCUUUAGAACUGCUGGGUUGGCAGGAGCUGGGACAGAGCAACGGGAGCUCACUCCGCCUCAGGGAUUUGAACUGCCGACCUUAGGCAAGCCUAAGAGGCUCAGUGGUUUAGACCACAGUGCCACCCACAUCCCCUCUUUUAAAAAAAGUCCCCUGUGCUGUACAGGAGAAUCAACACAACCUGUGCUUCCUGUCCUAGUCAAAGCACAUAUAAAUCACCAGCUCGGUCAAGCUGAGGUAGCUGGUCCGCUGCUGAGUUGGUAGAGCACAUCGAAUCACAGAAUUGUAGAGUUGGAAGAGACCAUGAUGAUCAUCUAGUCCAACUCCCUGCAAUGCAGGAAUAUGUAACUGACCCAUACGGGGAUCGAACCUGCAGCCUUGGUGUUAUCAGCAUGACGUUCUAACCAACUGAGCUAUCCAGGCUUAAAACACAUGUGCUGCCUUUGUGGACAUAAGAUGAACCUUGGGAGCAUCCAGCACUUCUAAGAGCAUCUUUCACAAGGACCGAAGGAAGUAGGUAGGGCUAGACAAAGGAGGCAUUCCUGGAAUUGCGUUCACGCUUUCCAAGAGCAAAUGCUCAUCUGCUGAUAACAUGAGCCUCUUAAAAGGCAGCUUGAUCUGAAAUAAGGUGACUGAGUUCUUUGUAAAGAUAGUCCUUGAUGCAGAUUUUUUUUUUAAUAGCACAUCACACCACUUAUUUUUUUAAAAAAGGGAAAAGGCAGCAGCAGGUGCUGUGAGGAUCACUUAACAAAUCUUCUUUGGGAUCUUUGAAACCCUCGCCAAGAGGGAAAUAGUGAAGUGGAUGCUUUUAAAUAGCAAUGGAUGGCAUGAGAGGGACUGUAUGUUCUUGAUCAAGAACACAAAGGCUGGCUGCCUUUGCUUGCAUCAUGUCAAUAUCUGGGCUCUUUCAUGCUGUGUGGCUCGUGGUGACUCAUCCUUCAUUGAUGGCUCUGAACCCUGAAAUAUUUCAGGGUGCCGCUUAACUGAAUCUAUCUCUCUCUAUAUAUACAGUGGUACCUCAGGUUACAGACUCCUCAGGUUACAUAAGCUUCAGGUUACAGACUCUGCUAAUCCAGAAAUAGUACCUCGGGUUAAGAACUUUGCUUCAGGAUGAGAACAGAAAUCGUGCUCCGGCGGCGUGGCAGCAGCAGGAGACCCCAUUAGCUAAAGUGGUGCUUCAGGUUAAGAACAGUUUCAGGUUAGGAACGGACCUCCGGAACGAAUUAAGUACUUAACCCGAGCUACCACAGUAUAUAUAUAUAUAUAUAUACAUAUGGAGAGGGAGAGAAGUUAGAUAGGUAGACUGGUAGUAUUUAUUUCUUUAUUGGAUCUAUAUCCCACCUGUUUCUCCAAGGUGACAUUACAUGGUUCUCCCCCUCUUCAUUUAAUCCCCAUAACAUUCUUGUGACGUAGGUUAGGCUAAGAGGCAGUCACUGAUCUAAGGUCAUCCAGCAGGUGCACCAAUUCCUAGGGGCAGAAGUGUCUUCAGCCCCCUCAAUAUCUGCUGGCGGGGGGGGGGGCAGGGUGUGUUCAGGGGGUGGAGAAGGCCGAGCACGGUGCAGUUCCGUCACUGGCUGCUCCUGAGCAUGAGAGAGGAAGCCACGUCGUGCUGGCCCCCCAAUCCUGGCCCCAAGAUGGUGCCUCUGUCACCCAGUGAGCUUCUGUCACCCAGAGAGCCAGUGUGGUGUAGUGGUUAAGAGCGAUAGACUCGUAAUCUGGUGAACCGGGUUCGCUUCCCUGCUCCUCCACAUGCAGCUGCUGGGUGACCUUGGCCUAGUCACACUUCUUUGAAGUCUCUCAGCCCCACUCACCUCACAGAGUGUUUGUUGUGGGGAAAGAAGGGAAAGGAGAUUGUUAGCCACUUUGAGACUCCUUAGGGUACUGAUAAAGCGGGAUAUCAAAUCCAAACUCCUCCUCCUCCUCUUCUUCUUCUUCUUCUUCUUCUUGGCCGAGUGGUGAUUCAAACCCUCAUCUCCCAGGUCCUUGUACAACACUCUAACCAUUGCAUCACACUGGUAGGUAGGUAAAGUUACUCGAUGGGCAAAUCUGUAAAUUUCAGGGUUUCUCAUUUUUCCAGGAGUAAGUUGUUGUUAUUCUUAUUCUUAUUCAUUAAAUGUGCAUACCGCCCUUCAUCCGCAGGUCUCAGGGCAGUUCACAGCACAAAAAUACAAUAUAAAAACACCAAAUACAUGAUAAAAAUGGGGGGGGGGAAUCCACACUAGUUUGCAAAGACUAUUGUUGUUGUAUUUUUAAAAGCCCCCAUGAAAAUUCAUGUUAGUGUAGAUAUUUCCUAAUAUUCAAAUGUUGGUAUGUAGUGUUGCCUAAUAGACACCGUCUUGCAACAAUUAUAUCAGUUUUAUUAUAUUAUUUAUUACAUCAGUGUUAUUAAUUAUAGAAAUUGUAUGUAUUCCAUCUGAUACAAUGCAUUUUUGUAUCUUUGCUCUCAUGUUUGCGCUUCCACACACCCUUUACCCAAAAAGUGUAGGCCUUUUUGUACAUAUUGCUUGGCUAGAGAACUAAACUGCUUUUUUUUUUUUUUAAGUCCACCUGAAAAUACUGACGAUUUUUCAUGAGGAUAGGCAUAUUUUUUUGCAGGUGAUUGUAAAGCAGCUUUCCCUGUUGGAAUGCAUCUUCAAAAUGCUGCUUUUACUCAUAUCUGCGUUUUUAUGGCUACUUCCCCAAAAUUUGCUUGGCUAGAGAACUGCAAUGCAAAAUUCAGAGAAAUGCAACUCUCAAAGGAUGGCAGUGUUUCAGUUUGCAUACUCUUCUGGAAUGAGCAAGUUAGGUACAUCCUCCUUCAAAUGCUAACUGAACUGAAUAUCUCCCCUGUCCCUUACCCCCGGGUAUAGGGCAGUAUAUAAAUUCAAAUAACAAUAAAAAUAAUAAUUAAUUUAUACCCUGCCCAUCUGGCUGGGCCUCCCCAGCCACUCUGGGCGGCUCCCAACAGAAGAUUAAAAACAUGAUAAAACAUCAAACAUUAAAAACUUCCCUAAGCAGGGCUGCCUUCAGAUGUCUUCUAAAAGUCAGAUAGUUGUUUAUUUCCUUGACAUAUGAUGGGAGGGCAUUCCACAGGAUUGAUUCGUUGGCUGAAUUUAUAUCCCAUCUUUUCUCCCAAAGGAGCCACGGGCAAAAGCAGAUACAUAAUUUAAAAAUAAAAGCAUUCUAAAAUGGUUAAAACAUUCUAAAAGAAAUUACAAUUAAAAAUAAAUUAGGUGGAUGCUCGUACUUUGCAACCAUUAUCCUAUGCAAAUUAGAGUCUGAUUAAUUUAUUUUAAAACAUAUUUAGCGAGAGAAGCCAAAUGUAUAAAUCUAUUAUAGAGUUGUUAACCUUGAUAAAUAUAUAUGAGUUGUUUUAUACACACACACACACCAUACAGUGAUCACAGGGUCUAUGUCUGGGUCAACUAAUUCCUCCUAAAAGUUAAUAAUGAGGGUGACAGGCACACCUUUCUGAGCAUUCCCCAAACCAGGGAGCCACCACUGAAAAGGCUUUGACAUGGGUCAGUGCCAACCAAGGUUGCUCCCAGUGGUGGCACCACCAAGGCCUUAGAGAUAUAUACAGUGGUACCUCAGGUUAAGUACUUAAUUCGUUCCAGGGGUCCGUUCUUAACCUGAAACUGUUCUUAACCUGAAGCACCACUUUAGCUAAUGGGGCCUCCAGCUGCUGCCGCGCCGCUGGAGCCCGAUUUCUGUUCUCAUCCUGAAGCAAAGUUCUUAACCCGAGGUACUAUUUCUGGGUUAGCGGAGUCUGUAACCUGAAGUGUAUGUAACCUGAAGCAUAUAUAACCCAAGGUACCACUGUAUAUCACACACUACCUUUCCUCAAGCUCAAGAUGGUUUGCAACAUAGAGCUAACUAAAAUUACUACUCAGAAAUAACUCUCUCACAGUGCUCAGUUGGGCUUACUCUCAAGUAAGUGUGUAUGGGAUCGUGACUUCAGGUGCUCUUUCCUAUAUGUACAUAUGUAUGUAUUCUGUUUAUACUCUACCUUCCAAUGAAUUCAGAAAGGCAUGUAGGCACUUAUCAGUGCUAGCCAGAUCCAGAGCUGCUUGGAUAUGGCAAAGUUGACUCAUCACCUGCCUUGAGGCCUUGCCUGGGGUCCUUCCUCACACAGAGGACAAUGGCAUUUUGCUUCUUGGUUGUAGGCUGUUCUGAGCCUUUCAGACAGAGCCUUUAAAAAAACCUAAAUCUAGUACAUAAAUGAGCCUCUGUUAUAGCUGGAACAACCCCCUGUGAUUUUUUCAAGGGCUUCUUGCAAUUGGCCUUACAAUCCAAUGGCCCCUGGACUACUGCAAUGUGGGGCUGCCCUUGUUCACAAUCUCGUGCCUCCAGCUGGUGUAGAACGCAAUGACUAGCCUGCAGUUGGGGGAAGACAACCAAUAGCAUGGGGCACCUCUGCAUAAACCUCUGUGCAUGGGGAAAUGAUGGAGGGAUGCAAGAGGCCUUCUCCACUCUCACUUCUGCCCUUCCGGCAAGAGCCUGGCAGAGCCUUGGAUAAGGUGACCAAACCUCCAUCAGUUCCACACCACCAUGUCCCAGCCUUGGGAUUGCAGCCUAAAUCUCCUGUUUAUGUAAUUGAUUGCUAUUUAAUAAACAUUGCCAAGUCUCUUUUAAAAAUAAAUUAGGCGGAUGCCCGUACUUUGCAACCAUUAUCCUAUGCAAAUUAAAGUCUGAUUAAUUUAUUUUAAAACAUAUUUACUGAGAGGAGCCAAAUGUAUAAAUCUAUUAUAGAGUUGUUAACCUCGAUAAAUAUGUCUUAAAUAACUUGGUGCCAAGCCAGUUAACAUACAGUAACUCUCUCAUUAGAUCUGCAAUAAAUCCCUGGAGGAGACAGUUAAUUUCAAGCAUGACUAAAUUACCCGGAACAUGGCAAUUAAACAUUCGCCCUACGUUAUAGAUCUCCCACAAGACCCCAUCCUUCACAGGAAACCGUACUUUGGGGAUCAGAACUGUCAAGAUGUUGACAGAUGGCUGUGAUUGACAUAUGAGAACAUGAGAACAUAAGAUGAGCCUGUCGGAUCAGGCUAGUGGCCCGCCUAGUCCAUCAUCCUGAUCUCACAGUGGCUGACCAGAUACCUGUGGGAAGCCUGCAGUCUGGACAUGAACACAACAACACUUGCGAUUCCCAGCAACCGGUUUUCAGAGGCCCAUUGUACUACUGCCUCUGACAGUGGGGGCAGAACACAGCCAUCUUGGCUAGUAGUCAUCAUGCAAACUUAAUACCUUCUCUCUCUCUUUCCCUUCCUCUAUCCAAAGCCCAUCCUGUACUGAGGAAUUCACACCACCUCCUACCAAGGGGAAGAAGAAAAAGAAGAAAUCUACGCGGAAGAAGAGAAGGAGGUGAGUGGAAAUCCAUCACUGGCUUCUUUCUGCACCAGUGUCAGGCAGCCGAGGAACCAACCCCCACGGCAGGUUGCCAGGAAUGGAUAAGACAAUGAAAAGUCCUUACCAACUGUUUUUUAUUCAGUAUUUACAGAGAGAGGCUUGGGAAUGCAGGAUCUUGGAAUAAUAGCGUUGCCCCAAUUUAGUCUCCAUCCCCUCCCUCUCUCCCACUUCCUCAUACGUCAUUGCUACAGGUGCUGAGAAGUGCCCUCUGCUUUUGAGCUCUUUGCUCUCCUACUUUUAAUGCUCACCGGGUUCUGGGAGAGGGGGGGCCUGGAAUGCUUUCUAAAGAAGCUGUGUCCAUCGGCUAUCCCCCCUCUGGUGCUUCUUCUUCCUCCUCUCCCAUUCUUUCCCAGCUUUCCCCCUCAUCUGCCUCUGAGCUAUGACCUCCCUCAAACCCCUGCUGUAAUUCUGAACAGUCACCUUCUUCUCUGGAAGGGUCAGGAUGGGGAGGCUGUCUCCACCAUUCCUCCUCUGCCCAGUCCCUAACACCUGGGGGUAUAAAGGAUAAGGCAGUCUCUCAAGUAGCCUGUGAUUUGAGGUUUAGGCCUAAUACCACCAGGUGUAUCACACAGCCACAGUUGCCAGGGAGCCAUGAUGGGUUGCCAAUAGGGAUCUCAGAAAUUACGGGUUUCCCAAAGGCCUCUGGUUGGGUAUCCGUGAGAACGGAACAGUGGGCUAGGUGCUCCUUUGGCCUGAUCCAGCAAAGGGUGUUGCAGGGGGGUUGGACUAGAUGACCCUCAGGGGGUCCCUUCCAACCUUACAAUUCUAAGAUUCUGUGACUUCUCCCUAGGUCUCCGUCCUGCAGCCCCUCCCCACUGAAGAAGAAGAAGAAAAAGAAGAGCUCGAAGAAAAGAAAAAGAAACAGGCAAGUCUUUCUUCUGCUGUGCUCCCACUCCUGAAGGCCUGCCAAAUUUCCUCCUACUCAAGAGGAUUCCACUGUACCGGUGGUUCCAGAUUUGGGGAGAGAUGUUAUUGGUCCUUCUGCUCACCAUUGCCUGCUCACUUGCCUCCUACCCCUGGCCCCAAUCCCCACUGUGGCCAGGAGGGAAAGGCAGGGGAGACUAGGCAGUUAGGGUGGACCUGUGGGAAUGUUCAGGGUGGCAGGAGAGGAUAUAUUGUUUAUUAAUAUCCUUCCUAACUUCCGCAAGCAAGUUCCUUUACUUAAAAGAGUGCAUUCCCCUUUAAAAAGCAGAAAACUAAUUGCAAACUCGCGCGAGUUUCUUAAGACAAUACGCAAUUCAAUCUGGCUUGUCCAGAUUGAAAUGUGUUCUAAUAUUUUCCUGGUAAGGCCCCUUGAAUCCCGCCUAAAAGAAUAAAGACACCACAGUCUUAUUCAUAAGCAAUAAAAAGCAAGUUUACUCACGAUCAGGCAGAGCACAGUGUGAUCCCUGAAGGCAGGCUUAAGGCUUAAAGUUACAAGCAUAUACAGUGGUACCUCGGGUUACAGAUGCUUCAAGUUACAGAUGCUUCAGGUUACAGACUCCGCUAACCCAGAAAUAGUACCUUGGGUUGAGAACUUUGCUUCAGGAUGAGAACAGAAAUCGAGCAGCAGCGGCGCGGCAGCAGCGAGAAGCCCCAUUAGCUAAAGUGGUGCUUCAGGUUAAGAACAGUUUCAGGUUAAGAACAGACUUCCGGAACAAAUUAAGUUCUUAACCCGAGGUACCACUGUACAAACAGGUUUACCCCAUAUGUGGGUUGACCUAGCAACUGCAGUUAGCAGUCCGGCAGUUCACAGGAUGAAAGGGAGAUGGAAAAGGGAGAGAAUGGCAGCAUGCCUUGGCCUUUUACCAGGUCUGGAAAGGUCGCGCCCACCCACUAGUCACAUGCAAGGAAAGAUGCUCCAGGCCAGGAGGAGGAACAGGAAGUUUUGACUGGCUGGACCAAACAUUCCCUUGCAUGGCCACUCUAGGAAAACAAGGAAUGUUGUACUUGACUGCUUUCAGUGGAUUACAUCCCACAGGACCAUCCCACCAACCUCAGCCAGACACCCCCACACACGCAUCUAUCUUCUUGCUUUCUCUGCUGUCCAGAGGGUGAUGGAGCUGCCUGGCAGCUUCCUCUGCCUUAGCCUUAAAACGGGAACCCAACUGAAUCUCUCUAUUGUCCCUAGGUUUGGCAAACUUUUAUAAGUCACCAGGAACGGUCAUGGAGCCAAGAUAAAAUAUGAGCUGCCUUGCUUGGUUCAUUUUUUCUUUUUUUAAAUUAGUAUGAUUUGCAAAUAUAGCAAACAGAACAUCAAGCUGAAAUACAUCAUGGAAAAGUCAUAAGCUCAAGAGGAGUAAAAAAUACCGUAUUUUUCGUUCCAUAGGACGCUCCGUCCCAUAGGACGCACCUACUUUUUUGGGGGGGAAAUAAAGGAAUUUUCCCCCUUUAUUUCCCCCCCAAAACCAGGUCGGGGAACAGUGGGAUGGCGGCGCUGCGCCUCCCCGCUGUCCCACGAGCUUGUGGGGCUGGCCAAUGUGUGCCCGGCGCGAGGGGCGCUCUGCUUCAGGGCACCCCACGCGCCGGGCGGCAGGCUGCAGACACCUGCGCGAAGCACGGGGCGUCCUCCGAAGGGCGCCCCGUGCUCCGUGCUGCAGGCUGCCGCCCGCAAGCCGUGCGCGCCCGGGGGGAGUUCCCCCCGGUGCGCAAGGCUUGCCGACACCUGCGCGAAGUACAGGGCAUCCUCCGAAGGGCGCCCCGUGCUCUGCGCUGCAGGCUGCCGCCCGGGUGCACAAGGCUUGCGGAUAGCUUCCUGGAGCCUGGAGAGCGAGAGGGGUCGGUGCGCACCGGCCCUCUCGCUCUCCAGGCUUCAGCAGCUGCAUUCAGCCCAUAGGACGCACCCAGAUUUCCCCUUCAUUUUUGGAGGGGAAAAAGUGCGUCCUAUAGGGCGAAAAAUACGGUACAUUUUUAAAAGAACUUAAAAACUAAUGAAUAGCAUAAAAUAUAUUCCAUGUUGGGAUGCAAGUUUCGUAUUGAUACAAAAUAAAUUCUUAUAGGUUUGGGGGGACCCUCUUUCCUAAACCUUAGAUAUUAAUAAAUGGUAAGAUUUUGAUGAUUUGGGAUGGGAAGGAAGAAGUGCAAGCUGCAGAGGAAUGGACUAGCCUAUGCAAAAUGACCUGGCCAAGCUAGGGCCAGGAAGAAACAAUACAGGGCCCUUGAGGGCCAUUAGCAAUGUAAGGGAAGUCCCUCUUUGCCCUGAGGUGUGAACAGAGACUGCGGAUUUGGAAGGUUGCCAGGAUAACUGGGUGUGAGGUGACAGAAAAAGAGAGUUUCUUAGCAAGGGGUUCUGCAGGGGAGAAGAAAGGAGAAGAAGGAAUGGGAUCCAUCUUGGGCAGGAUGGCUGCUUGCUGGCUGGGAGAGAGGCCUUGGACCCCAAGGCUACACUGCUGUGGGGUACAAGCCCCUCUUGAAAUAAGCAUGCUAUAAGAUCGGGACUCCCUCCAUGCAGACCGAAGGCGUAAAUCGGGGAAUAAACCUUAUUUCUUAAAGCUACAGCGGUCUCUGCUGUGUCUCAGUUCUCCAAAGGAACACAGAUCCUGCGUGAGUUCCCGGAACCUCAUGGCCUCUUGCCACUGCUCGGCAGAGAAAGGGGGCGGCCCCCAACUUUUGUAACACUAUUAAGUAUUCAUAAAUAGAGAUAAAAUCAUAUUUAGGAGGAAUGUGCCAACCAUGAGAUCAAGUUCCUUCCAAAGUUUCCCACUUCCCCCAGCGUAAGAAAAAGCCACAUAUUUGGUAAGUUAAAAAUUGGUUUACUUACAAACUCUCCAAAGGUCUUGUUCAUGUGCUAUUCCAUACAUCUGCACAGGCAGCAAAACGUAGCUUAGUUACAAAGUGGUAAAAGUUCCUAAAUUAUUAGUAUAGGAACAGAAGAGUGGCUGAUGAGAGCCAUGUGGCUGAACUGGAGCAACCAGCUCAAACUUCUUCACAAGUUCAGCUUCUUAAGUCGACUGGUAAGGCUUGGUAACCUUCUGCCUCCCAGGGUGAGGGGAAGUGGCCUCAGCUAAGCCGGGCAGGAUAGCUUACUCUAUUCCAUUAACCCUUUCAAGAAUUAAUUAGGCCUAAGUAUGUUGGUUAUCUGAGGUUGGUUUUCCCACAAAAUAUUUGCUGAUUCUGCCGGUGAUGCUCUUGCCUGGUUUAAUCAUUUAUAUUUUAAUAUUAAUAUUUUGCAUUUUAUGUUCCAGGUUUUCAUCAAAGAAGAGAAGACACAGGUAAGGAUAGUGAAAAACUUGGGGAAAACUUGCCUAAACUGUCUGGAAUAAUUCUAGAAUCACAGGCUGAACCAGCUCACCAGUGGUCAGUGGAAGUUAACCAUUUUGGUUCAACCAGAUCUAAUGGAGAAGGCCCCUAGUUGCUGACCCUAGUUUCAGCAUUCUUCCACUGCUCCUGCCAAAGGACCAUUUUGGGUAAUGAUCUGAUGCCACGGCAUGUUAGCUUUUGUAAGAAAUUCAUCUUUAAUGUGGCAGAACCCGCACUUUGGAACUCCCUGUGCAUUGACAUUGGGCUAAAAACGUUUUUGUUUAGAUAAGCCCACCCAAAACAGUGUUUCCCCAGUGUUUUAAUGCCUUUUUUUAGUUCACCACUUGUUUCAGGGUUUUUUUUAAAUGUUCCAAAUCAUGGGUAGGCAAACUAAGGCCCAGGCGCUGGAUCCGGCCCAAUCGCCUUCUAAAUCUGGCCCACGGAUGGUCCGGGAAUCAGCAUGUUUUUACAUGAGUAGAAUGUGUGCUUUUAUUCAAAAUGCAUCUCUGGGUUAUUUGUGGGUCAUAGGAAUUUGUUCAUUUUUAUUUUUAUUUUCAAAAUAUAGUCUGGCCCCCAACAAGGUUUGAGGGACAGUAGACCAGCCCCCUGCUGAAAAUGUUUGCUGACCCCUGUUCCAAAUAGUUGUUUUUAAUUGUUCUUAUUGCUAAUUUUAUGGUUUUACUGCUCUGAGGGUAUGGGGUUUUUUUGGGGGGGGGGAUGUUUACCAUCAAUGGUAUAUAAAUUGUGUGAAAUAAAAAUAAAUAAAUAAACGAGCACGGUGGCGCUCCUACAGGUUUACAUGCCCCCGUUGAACUUUUACCAGCUCUCUAAAUCGAAUGGUCAGUUGCCCGUUCAUUAGCUUAUACUCUUUCCCCCCCCCCCCUCUUAUUUAGUUCCCCAAGCCCCAAAGGCAAAAGGAAGGAAGGAAGAAAACACAAGAAACAGUAAGUGGAGGCAGUCGCUAUGAAUGCACCAGCGUUCGUGGUUGAUUUGCGCAUGCAUGCAAAUUGGUGCGUACAUUGGUGGGUGGGUGUCGUUGGCUCAAGUAAGCUCUUAAGCUUAAAAAAAAAAAAAAAGGAGAGGUAGUCAUGUCCCAAAAGAAAGAAAGAAAAAUCCAUUUUAUAGAAAUAAAGUCAUACCUCGGGUCGCAAACGUGAUCCGUGCAGGAGGCACGUUCGCAACCCACAGUGUUCGCAGCCUGAAGCGCCGCGUCUGCGCACGCGCGUGAUGCGAUUUGGCGCUUCUGUGCAUGCAUGUGAUGUCAUUUUGCAUGAUAAAGGCUGUUCUCCAACUGGAGUGCUCGCAGGCCAGUGUUUCCCAAUUGUCGGUGUUUAUACUACAUUUUUUAAGAUUUGCCUUGAGACAGUCUUUAAACCUCUUUUGUUGACCACCAGCACCACACUUUCCAUUUUUAAGUUCGGAAUAGAGUAGUUGCUUUGGAAGACGAUCAUCAGACAUCUGCACAAUAUGACCAGUCCAAUGAAGUUGAUGUUGAAGAAUCAUUGCUUCAACACUGGUGAUCUUUGCUUCUUCCAGUACACUGGUAUAAGUUCGCCUGUCUUCCCAAGUGACGUGUAAAAUUUUUCGGAGACUCCAUUGAUGGAAUCUUUCAAGGAGUUGGAGAUGGCGUUUAUAAGUGUUAAUAGCAGAGGAUGGAGCUGAACUGCUUCUCUCUCAAAGGCAAUGCCACUGCCACCUGCCGGCUUGGUUCAAUGACUUUGUGGGUGUGUGGCCCCCAGGGCCGUCUUAAGCAUAGCCAGCACCAUGGUGCAAAGCUCCCUCCGCUCCCCCCCCCCAUUUCCCAGAGUUUUUUUAGAGAGGACAGCACUGCUGGCGGGGCUGGAGGAGGUGGGCAGUGGCUGAAGGGCGGCUCCUUCGGUGGGGAAGAGGUGGAGGCUGGAUGCGGUGGCUCCUGGCUCAGCUGGCCACUUCGUGCCACAGUGGCCACAGCAGACAGAGGCUCCGGGCGCGGCCCUGCUUCAGCGCAGCAUGGCGGAGGCGGGCAAAGGUGGCAAGCUGAUGCCGGGAGGCACCGCGUCCAGCCUCUGCCUCUUCCCUAGCGCCCUCCAGAACUUGGUGCCUUGGCACCCCGAGCCACUAGCCUCUAUGGGUAAGACGCCCCUGGUGGCCCCCACAAUUACCAUAUUUUUCACUCCAUAAGACGCACUUUUUCCCUCCUAAAAAGUAAGGGGGAAUGUGUGUGCGUCUUAUGGUGCGAAUUCAGGGGGGAGGCAGGCGGGAAAAGCCCCCAAGAGCCACACACAAGCUCAGUGAUGGGCUGUCAGUGAUGGGCUGCCCUUCUCCCUCCUCGGGGAAAAGGCCCCAAGAGCCACACACACACUCCACGCGGCUCAUGAGAAAGGGAGCACUGAGCAGAGCCUGGGAUGCAGACAGGCUCUGCUCAGCGCUCCCUUUUUUUCUUGAAUCCCCCCCUCUAAAAACUAGGUGUGCCUUAUGGUCAGGUGUGCCUUAUGGAGCGAAAAGUACGAUAUAUUACCGUAUUGGCCUGAAUAUAAGCCACACUUUCCCCCCAAAUUCCGAUCGUGAAAAGUUAAAGUAUGGCUUAUAUUCGCGACCUUACUGUAUGCAGCCAGGAGCAUGGGGCAAACAGCGCCAGGAGCAUGGCAAAGCAGUUCCCGCCCUGUGCGUAGUUCCCCUGUCCUCUCCCCCAAGGGCGGGAAGGGAGAAAGCGAGGAAGGGGAAAGGCAGCUAGCAACGCAGCUCAGCUCCCCGCCCAGUAUGCAGCCAGGAGCAGCGAGGAAGGGAGCAGCUUAUAUUCGGGUUUUUCUUUUUUUUUCAGCACUCCAAUUUUAAAGGUGCCGCUUAUAUUCGGGUGCGGCUUAUAUUCGGGCCAAUACGGUACACCCACAGCCCCCUGGAGUUGGCUCCUAUAGCUGUGUGACUGCACUGGGCUCCUUCAGGAGAAAAAGCAGACCGAAAAAUGGUUUUAUUUGGUUCACAAAACUUAUAUACCGCUUACUUGACAGAUGACCACUAAAGCACUGGGGAAUUUCAGUCCUCCCCUAGAGAAUAUGGGGCAAAGUGGCCAACUCCAUUUCUGUGAACUUUGGGUACAACUGUGGAUCCAGCUGUAAUAUUGUUUGACAUUAUUUUAAUACUGAAGGAAUCGAUGGGCUUAUUCUGUUCAACAUUCCUCUUUCAACCCAUUCCUUGCUCAUCAAUACGAACUAACAGCAGGGUCUCAUUCAACAUUAAGUGAGAUGAUGAUGAUUAUGAUGAUGAUGAUGAUGAUUAUUAUUAUUAUUAAUUAUUAUUAUUAUUUAUACCCCGCCCAUCUGGCUGAGUUUCCCCAGCCACUCUGGGCGGCUUCCAAUCAAGUGUUAAAAACAAUACAGCAUUAAAUAUUAAAAACUUCCCUAAACAGGGCUGCCUCCAGAUGUCUUUUAAAGAUAGGAUAGCUGCUUAUUUCCUUGACAUCUGGUGGGAGGGCAUUCCACAAGGCGGGCGCAACCACCGAGAAGGCCCUCUGCCUGGUUCCCUGUAACCUCACUUCUCGCAAUGAGGGAACCGCCAGAAGGCCCUCGGAGCUGGAUCUCAGUGUCCGGGCUGAACGAUGGGGUUGGAGACACUCCUUCAGGUAUACAGGUAUACAGAUGAAAAGGAGAGGAGAUAUGAGAGCCAUCUUCAAAUAUCUGGAGGGCUGUCACAUGGGAGAUGGAGCAAGCUUGUUUUCUGCUGCUCUGGUGGGUAGCACCCAAACCAUAGGUUUCAAAUGACAAGAAAGGCGAUUCUGAUGAAACAUUAAGAAGAAUUUUCUGGUGGUAAGAGCUGUUCAGCGGUGGAAUUCUUUUGUUGCAAUUGCAGGGGUUGUGCCAGAGCAAGUCUCUCUCUGACAGCAGACACAGAAAGACAAGGGGGAAGAAUUGAGGAAUUACUGAGGGAAGGGGAAGAAGCAGUUAUCCGCAGGAAUAUGAACUUUCUACACACAGAGACACAAGGAGAAGGAACACAGAAGCUAAGCUCAGAUAGUGACACAGACACAGGAAUACAGGGAGUGCCAUCUCCCAAAUCUCGUAGAAUCACAAGAUUAGCCGAGAAGCGCGAAAUUAACAGGAAGAGAAAGUGGGGUUUUUCCUGUUGGGGGAGAAGGGGGAGGAGCUCAGUUCUGGCAACGCUUUCGUCAGAGGAUGACUGAAUUAGCGGAGCUCCGACCGGGGCUUUGUAAUGAACAAUAAACCUGAAAUAAUCAA